CUUUCAAAACAUUUUUGUUCUUUUUUUAUUACCAGCGUGUGCCGCGUGUUUCGUCUACACGGCCAGGAUCUUUUUCACCGGGAGCCUGAGUACUGUGCUUCAGAGUAUUUGGAGACAAGCGAACACGACUCAGUUCUUAAUUCACAUUAGCUUGUGGGUUGAUACCGCGAUGGGAAAGGUGAUGCGGAGUGUCAGGCGUCUGUGUGUCAUCCUGCUCUUCUUAACUACGUCUGUCGAGGUGGGUUUGUCAGAGGAAUACCGAGCGUGCAUGGGGGCCCGGAAUAAUGUCUUUCUGCAGAGAGUAAAGCGUCAAACCAAACCAGCAAGGCCGGAGCUGAAGGUGACAGACUUCCAUGUGCAUUGUUCUGUGGUGUCCCACUAUGCUGCCACCACAGUGCUGAGCUCUGUGUGGAACCAGCUGUCUGUGACCAAGGAGGCAGCAUUCGAAGUGGACCUGCCCUCUACUGCCUUCAUCUCCAACUUCAGCAUCACCUCCAAUGGCAAUGUGUAUGUGGCACAGGUGAAGGAAAGGGGUGUGGCUAAGAAGAUCUAUGAUGCAGCCAAGAAGAGAGGAAAGACAGCUGGGCUUGUGGCUACAAAGGAGCGUGAGGUUGAGAAGUUCAGGGUUGCAGUAAGCGUGCCAUCAGGAACCCGCCUGUCCUUUUCUUUGACUUACGAGGAGUUGUUGGCACGGCGUCUGGGUCACUAUGAGUUGGUGCUGGGGCUCCGUCCGGGACAGCCUGUUCAUAACCUCUCUCUCGAGGUCACAGUGGCAGAGAGAUCAGGCAUCAGCUUCAUCCGAGCACUGCCACUGAGAACUAACCGCCUGCUGUCCAACACUGUCAGAGAGAGAGAGGCAGAACCUCCUCCCUCCACUCAGAUCCAGCGGACACCACAUUGUGCACGGGUGCGCUAUGCACCCACUGUGCAGCAACAGACCAGCGCUUCUCCAAAGGGUCUCAGUGCAGACUUUGUCAUCCAGUAUGAUGUGGAGCUAAGUGACCUCAUGGGCGACAUCCAGAUCUAUGACGGAUACUUUGUCCACUUUUUUGCACCACGAGGACUGCCCAUUGUACCUAAGGAUGUCAUCUUUGUUAUUGACAUCAGCGGUUCAAUGAUUGGCACUAAAAUCAAGCAGACAAAGCAGGCUAUGGUGACAAUCCUGAGUGAUCUACGAGAGGGUGACCACUUUAACAUCAUUACCUUUUCAGAUAAGGUUCAUACCUGGAAUACGGGUGGCACCGUGCAGGCCACUCGACAAAACGUGCGUGAAGCCAAAGAGUUUGUCAAGAAGAUCAGCGCAGAGGGGUGGACAAACAUCAAUUCAGCCCUGCUCUCAGCAGCCCAGCUGGUGAACCGCCCUGCAACCAGAGCUGCGGCACAGGGGUCAGGAGGUCGCCGAGUCCCGCUGGUGAUCUUUCUGACGGAUGGUGAGCCCACCAUCGGAGUAACAUCAGGGGAAGCCAUACUGCGUAAUGCCAGGGAUGCCCUGGGGACGGCCUCACUGUUUGGCCUGGCCUUUGGGGACGAUGCAGACUUCCCCCUUCUGCGGCGCCUGGCCCUGGAGAACCGCGGUGUUGCCCGGAUGGUUUAUGAGGAUUCAGACGCUGCUUUGCAGCUCAAAGGCUUCUACGAUGAAGUAGCAAGUCCCCUUCUCUCUGACAUCCAGCUCUCCUACCUGGAUGACCAGGCCUACGACGUCACCCGUGCUCUCUUCCCAAACUACUUCCAGGGCUCUGAGCUCGUGGUGGCAGGACGCAUCAAACCUGGAGUCCAGGACUUGAAAGUCUCCCUGGCUGCAGUUGACUCAACCCACAAACUGAAAUUGGAGAACCAUGUGUCAAUCACCAGACCUGAGAGCAAUGGAACUCUGACUUGCCCGGGUAGUGUGGAGGGCAUCUCCAGUUUUGUGCGUCGUUUGUGGGCAUAUUUCACCAUCAAAGAGUUGCUACAGACUAAGCUGAACACCACAGACGCUGCCACCCAGCGACUGCUGGGAGAGAAAGCCACAAACCUCUCUCUCAAGUAUAAUUUUGUCACCCCUUUCACCUCCCUGGUGGUGGUCAAGCCUGAUGCUGAUGAAAUGAAGCCUGACUCCACUCCUGGCCCCUCUGCAACCACAACCACAUCGGCCCCAACGACCCAUACAACCACAGCCAGUGUGGGUGUAACCACCACGAACCAACUCCUCACCCCCGUCCCUGUCACUAAAUUGGCAACACCUGGUUCUACCAAAAAGCCCAGCUCCACCCCCAGCCCCAGGACUAGCAAACCAAAACUCGAAAGCAGUCUGGUCACCAAAUCCCCACCCCACAGCCCCCCAUCUGGGCUACACACUACAGGACACCCCCUACAACCUCCCCAUUCUGGGAGGCCCUCCACCACACCCACCCCUGAAAAAACAUCCUCUCCAUCACUGACUACAAAGACCACCACACCAUCCCCAAGCAAUGUCAAAAGUGUUCCAUCAGACAUCUCUGGGAAAACUUCUACCACACCAAAAACUACCUCCCCACCUCUCACCCUUCCCACUAGCUCUGUCAAAAGUGCCCCGUCACCACUCUCUGGGAAAACUUCCACCCCACCCCCCACUUCUGCCAAAACUACGCCCCCUUCCCACUUUGGGAAAACCUCCCUCUCCUCUUCCUUUGAAACUGAAAAUGGCAGCACAUCCGCUACUGACUUCCAUCACCCCCACCUCACUACCCUCUUCCAUGGGCUCUCUGUGCCACCGCCUGCCACGCCUAAUCCUGCCACCGACACUGGGAGUGACACUGAAGUUGCCACCUUGGUUGCUGCCACGUUUGUUCCCCUGGCAGGAGCCAUGGGUUCAAUUAAAGUCUUGGAGGCUGCAAGCCAGCUGGCUCCAGAUGUUGCCGCUAUUAUUCAGGGUCAGAAAACUGAUAUGGAGCUUGUCAAAGAUUAUGAUGCAAACUAUGACUACGACUAUGACCUCAAUUAUGAUUCUUGGGAUGAAACAGACAGCGAUGGCAGAUAUUACAUUACAAACAGAGGCAUGUCAGGCAGCCAGACCUCUCAGAGGUUAUUUUCUUCCUCAGUGGAUGGAGACCCCCACUUUGUGGUUCACCUCUCUGCAUUGGAUGAGAACCUGUGUUUCACGAUUGAUGGCCAAGCUAAUGACGUACUGCGGCUGCUGGAGGACCCAGAGAAAGGUAUUAUUGUGGAUGGACGCUUGGCGUGGGCUCCCUCAAAGCUGGGGUUUGAGGACCGGAGCCGCACCUACUUUGACCAGCUUACUAUCUCCGCAGCUUUGGGUGCAACAGGGAGUUUUGUCAUCAUGGUGACCCUGGAUGCCGUGGUAAUGGAGGGGGAGGGACGGGUGAAACUGUCCACCAACAAACCAGGAUCAGUAACAAGGCAAGGCAUAAGGGUUGCCAUAGAUGACCAUCUCCGCUGCUGGGUGGAGCUCGGGUGGGGCUUGCGUUUCCUCAUCCUCUUCCACCACUACAAGCACCCCACCUACCUACAGAUAGCCCACCUGGGCUUCUAUGUGGCUGAAGGCGAGGCCCUGUCCCCCCUCACACAAGGGCUUUUGGGUCAAUUCCAGCAUUCAGGCAUUGAGAUUGACUGGGCUAAGGAACCUCAAGAUAGUACCGUCCAGCACACCCAGGAGAAUGCAGAGGGGCAUCUCGCAGUGGGAGUGCUGAGGAGGGGGGAGGUGAGCAUUCAUGUUACUCUGCAGGACAAGCACUUAAAGGACACAGUGAGGAAACGCCACCACGGCAGGUGCUGGGUGGUGGCACGAGGUGAUGUGGAAACCCUGCUUGGCCAUCCUUACCAGAGCUAUGUGGUGGAUCACAUCUGAAUCCCAAGAGGACCCUGAGGAAGAGUGGAGCUGAAUGGAUAAACAUGACUGUGUGAGGGGGGGUCACGUGUAUCUCAGCACAUGUGAACAUGCGACAGCUCUGGGAUGCUACAGAGGAGUCACCAUGAAAAGCCAUAACUCGCAGAGAAGGACAGUUAUCCUUCCUGCUUCAGACUCUCUAUAAUGAAUCUCCAUUUCCCUGCUCUUGCUUCACACUUGCUUCACACUUCACAACAUAUAUCCAUACUUAGAAUUCUAUAUAAACUACCAGGUGCUCAGGUGAAUAUUCAGCUCUUGCCACGUUGAUAAUCUCUUUCUCACUUCAUUCAUUUUUGUAUCUUUUUAAAGUUUUGUAAAAGAAAGUGGAAUGAAUCGAGUGUAAAGAUUUUCUUUAAAUACGUAUACGUGGUAUACGUGAAGUAAAAAAAAUUACAG